UUUGUGGAAGUAAUCAAUAUGGUGCUAUGGUGGUGGUAUUUCAGUGCCAGAAUGCAGACUGCUUCCAGCACCGCCUCACCUGAAUGUCAACUGCACAGACCGUCUGUACUGGGGGUCGGUGUGCGAAUUCGCGUGCGACAGGGGCUGGAAAAUAGUUGGCCCCAAGAGAACCACGUGCGAGGCCAUGGCCAGCAGCAGAACCCCGCCUCACACCAGCGACACAUUAUUAUUGCACAAAAGACCCGUUUUACGCCCCAGGCACCAAGACCGCGUCUUGUGGAGUUACCCCAUUCCGGAUUGCAUUCCCAUCAAUGGAUGCCUGAAGCCUGACCUGCCUCAGGCAAUGUCACUCAAUUGCUCCACCACCACCUCAGCAGCACCCAUCAAUAGCAAAAGCAGCAUCAUCACUGAUGCUGAAGAAACAAUUGAUGGACAGCAAGUGUUCAUGGAAGGGACCAUUUGCAACAUGACCUGCCAAGAAGGACACAAACUUGUUCCUGCUCUCAUCACUCGCACUUCUUGCGCCAGAGGGCGCUGGACAAACCUUGAUGUUGCCACUUGCAAACCUCUGUUUGAUCCCAAUAAUAAUAAUAACAAUAAGGACAAUGUGGACACCAUCAACAAAGUUGAUGAACUUCCGGAUGAAAAAGGUGAAAAAAUCCUCGACUUGAUCAUUGAGAGUGAGAAUAACUCGGAUGAAGACAUGCUGAGAACAGCCACCAUUUUGCGCGCCGAAAUGAACUUCACUGUUGAAGUCACGGACAGCCAUCUUGCAAAGCUCUGCAAGUCCAAUCAGAAGCAUGCUGGGAACAAAGAGCUGCUGAUUACUGAUGACCAAAGCGACACGUUGAAAGGGAUUCGGGAUGAGCUGAUUGCUAGGAAUGCUGGCAAUUGUGCCAAAAUCAAUUGCAAACUCUGGCAUUUCAAGUGCCAUCACUGCGACAAUAAUAAUGCUGCUGCUGCUGCUGCUGAUGGCAAGUCCAAGAGCUCAUCUCCUGCUGGGUCAAAGUCAAAAAUAAGGUGCACAAACAUGAAGGCAGUAGUUCAGGCUACUUGGACUUUGAAGGCUGAUUUUGCACAUCAGGUGGGUGAUGACAGUUCUGACAAAUCUACUGAUGAUGAUGAUGAUUUGGAUGAUGAGCAAGAUGUCAUGGAAUUUGAGGCAGAAAUGAUGCUUCAACAAGUCCAGGUGCAUGCGACCCUGGGUACUUCAUUGCUCAGUACUCAGCAGACACUUGUUCCCCGUGUCCAGCAAACACUUACCAGCCCCAGUUUGGUGCAACCACAUGCCAUGGUUGUCCAGAUGGCACCACCAGUCCUGUUGCCUCUGCCAGCAUUUCUUCUUGCAUUGCGCCAGAAGUAUGGACAGCAGUGCGGGAAGGGUUUCCCUCUCCCGCCGCCUGGCGUCGCUGCUGCAUGCAUACAAGCUGCUGCUGAAUUUGCUGCUCUCAGCAUUGCCUCAUUCAUGAUGAUUCCUUUUAUGCGGCGCACGUUUUAU